CCAUGCAAACACUAGGCAGCAAGCCAUGUUGCUCAACACCUUUGUUCUACCUCUACUGCCUAAUGCUAGUGUCAUGCCUUCAUCUCUUGGAAGAAGCACAUGCAGCACGCCAUGGAGGGAUCUCGCUGAGGUCUCAGCGCAUGGCCCUCCUCCACUGGAAAGCUACACUUGUGAGUCCACCGCUGCAGAUGAGCUCCUGGCAGGAAAACAUCAGCCCGUGCAACUGGACGGGCAUCAUGUGCACAGCCAUUCACCAUAGCCGCCGCAUGCCUUGGGUAGUGACCAACAUCUCCCUGCCGGAUGCUGACAUCGGUGGCCAGCUCGGCCCAAUACCCCCAGAACUAGGCAACCUCCAUAUGUUAAACCAACUUUUGUUGUACCGAAAUCAAAUCACAGGCUCAAUACCCCCAGAACUAGGCAACCUCACUAUGCUCAAUAACCUCAGUCUCUACGAAAAUCAAAUCACAGGCCCAAUACCUUCAGAAUUGGGUAAACUGCUAAAUCUCCAAGUAUUAGAAUUUGCAGGCAACCAAAUAUCUGGCUCUAUUCCUGCCAGCUUAGGAAAUAUUACCAAGCUAGUAGCACUAUCCCUCUCUGCAAAUCAGAUAACCGGUUCCAUCCCCAAAGAGAUUGGCAAUCUGAUGAACCUUGAAACUUUAAGGUUGCAUCUGAACCAAAUUUCAGGAUCAAUACCAAAAACUUUUGGGAAGCUGCAAAGCAUCCAUGAUCUGCGAAUCUUCAGUAACAAAUUAUCAGGUUCUCUUCCUCGAGAGUUUGGAAACCUCACAAACCUUGUUAAUCUCGUGAUAACAAACAACUCACUUUCAGGACCUUUACCUGCAAAUAUUUGUUCAGGUGGAAAACUUCAAGAUCUCAUUGUCGCAUCAAAUAUGUUCAAUGGCCCCAUUCCAAGGAGUUUAAAGACAUGCACAAGUUUGGUUAUAAUUGACAUUCAGUUGAACCAACUAACAGGUGAUAUGUCUCAGCAUUUUGGUGCGUAUCCACAUCUCACAUGGAUGAACUUGGCAUCCAAUAGAAUCACUGGUCACAUCUCACCAAAUCUAGGAGCAUCUACCCAGCUAAAAGUACUAACACUAGCACAUAAUAUGAUCACGGGUUCCAUACCCCGUACCCUUUCUAAAUUGUCGAACCUAGCAGUGCUAAGACUCGAUUCUAAUCAUCUCAGUGGUGAGAUUCCACCUGAAAUCUUUAGUUUAGCAAAUCUAUAUUACCUAGACUUAUCAUCGAAUCAGUUAUCUGGAUCCAUACCUACACAAAUAGGCAAGCUAAGCAAUCUAGAAAACCUUGAUAUAUCUGGGAACAGACUGGAUGGAUUAAUACCUGAGAAACUAGGGUCAUGCACAAAACUACUGUCCUUGAAGAUCAACAACAACAAGUUCAGUGGGAGUUUGCCUGGUGCGGUUGGAAAUUUAGCGGCCCUGCAGAUCAUGUUAGAUGUGAGCAACAAUAACCUAAGUGGUGUGUUGCCCCAGCAAUUUGGGAAGUUGGAGAAGCUACAAUUUCUGAAUCUAUCACAUACUCAGUUCAGUGGCAGCAUUCCAUACUCCUUUGCAAGUAUGGUGAGCCUUUCAACACUUGAUGUGUCCUACAACAACUUGGAAGGACCAAUCCCAACAGCACGGCUACUCCAAAAUGCUUCGGCAAGUUGGUUUCUUCCCAAUAAAGGUCUGUGUGGUAACCUCUCUGGCCUGACACCUUGUUAUUCGACUCUACUAGUUGUUCACCCUAAACGGAAUACACUUGGUUUGCUUUUGCCAAUUGUAAUUGUGGUGGGUUUCGCCAUUGUUGCUGCAAUUGUUGUCUUAAUAAUUCUUAGUCGUAACAAGAGAAAACCACAAGAAGGUGUCACAGCUGAAGCAAGGGACCUAUUUUCUGUUUGGAAUUUUGACGGAAGAUUGGCAUUUGACGAUAUUGUAAGGCCAACAGAAGACUUCAAUGAUAAGUACAUCAUUGGAACAGGAGGAUACGGCAAAGUAUACAAGGCACAACUUCAAGACGGGCAGCUAGUUGCUGUGAAGAAGCUUCAUCAGAACGGAGAAGAGUUGGAUGAUGAAAGAAGAUUUCGCAGAGAAAUGGAAAUCUUAGCACAGAUCCGACAACGAAGCAUUGUCAAAAUGUAUGGAUUCUGCUCCCAUCUAGUGUAUAAAUUUCUUGUCUACGACUACAUUGAGCAGGGCAGCCUCCACAUGACAUUGGAAAAUGAGGAGCUAGCAAAGGAAUUAGAUUGGCAGAAGAGAAUUGCUCUUGCAACUGAUGUGGCUCAAGCCAUAUCUUAUUUGCACCACGAAUGCAGUCCACCUAUAAUACACCGAGAUAUCACGAGCAACAACAUCUUGCUUGAUACAACCUUCAAGGCUUUCGUCUCAGAUUUCGGCACGGCAAGAAUUCUAAAGCCCGAUUCAUCAAAUUGGAGUGCACUAGCAGAAACGUAUGGCUACAUAGCUCCAGAACUGUCAUACACAUCUGUUGUGACGGAGAAAUGUGACGUCUAUAGCUUUGGCGUGGUUGUGCUAGAGGUAAUCAUGGGGAAGCAUCCAAGGGAUCUAUUGGGCGAUAAUUUGCCAAGGGGGGAACAAGGUUUACUGGUGAAUGAUAUUCUGGACCAACGGCCGACGACACCAACAACAACGAGAGAGAAUAGCUUAGCUCUGCUCAUCAAGCUGGCCUUCUCUUGCUUGGAAUCUUCUCCACAAGCAAGGCCAACCAUGCGGGAGGCAUACCAAACACUCAUCCAGGAACCCUCUUCUAAUCCAUAUCCCGUGCCUUUCAGUGCACUUGCAUUGCAGCAAGUAAUGAAUGCAUGCUGAUAUAUGAUCCAAGUUCUAGUGAGAAGCCAGGGUCGAUUGCAGCGGAAGCCGGUUUAGGUUUCCGUUUUGCCUCGACUCACUCAUAUGCCACCUAUAUAUGUUGAAUUCUGUAAUCAUGUCAUGUCAUCUCGUAGGUUUUUUUCUAGCAAAA